AGGGAGGUAACCAUUUCUGUAAGUAUUUUAAAACUAUUUUGGAAACAAACAUCGUGUGAUAAAUUGACGCAGAUCAUCCUUACGCAGAUAUAGUCAUAUCAUAGCACAAAUUUUCAUCAGCAGUGUUUCAUUGUUCAAGAGCCGAGUUUCGGUCCAGUUCGACCUUUGUUGAUUGCACUGAGGACAGCAAUGAAAAUAGUGAUAGGUAUUAUGCAAUGAAUUAUCUGUAUAUGCCGUGCAUGUUUCUCAAUCCUUAUGACGAAGUUACGUAAAAAAACUGACGAGGCAAGACCCGAGGAAGGUUUGGCCUGUGCCUCUCUUCUGAUGCGGCCACGUGAUCAGUUUGUGAUUUACCGCGAUAUGACGUCAUGCUAGGGGAAUCCCCUAUUCAAGUUUCACAUCGUUUUGUCCGUGUUGCCAGGAAUAGGCCUUGUACACAUGUCACGCAUUGACUAUCAUCACCUGACAAAAAUACCCCCUUUGAAUAUUGUCUCACACGAACGUCGAAAGAAAGUAAGUUGGUAUUCCCGGUGAUGCUAAAAUUAGAAAUGUGAUUUCCUGGAAAUCGUGGCGUGAUUAACGACGCAACGAACAACUGUGUGCAACAUAUUGCUUUUGGACUAUACACCCAAAGGAUAAUCACUUUCAACAGGAAUUGUACUAAACUGAAUAUCUUUUCUAGAUGAUUUAGCUAUCUGUUGAGCAGAGAUGAGCAGCCAACAAGUUGUUCCACUUUACUGUGUUAUUUGUUCAAAGCAAUUUAGUGGUGCUUUACCAGCUCAGCAGCAUUUCAUCAGUGAAGCGCACAGGAAAAAAGAAGACCAGAUUAAAAAUUCCGUGUUUCAGGGAAACACAAGACCAUACUGGUGUGAGCCAUGCAAUGUCCAAUGUAACACAGCUGAACAGUUUCAACAACACAUUGUCAGCCCUAGACACACAGAGACUGUAAGAAGAAGUUUAGGUUUCGCAUACCAAGCUGCAACACCAGUUCAAAACCUUCUCCUUUCUGGGAGGGUACAGCAUGUUGGUAGCAGUCCCACACAGGGGCUUAACCAGACAGUACCUUUCAAGAUGUCCAGUGAAACCGCGAGAAAGGAAUAUGACUUUAAUGGUUCUAGAGGUUAUUGCCAUCUCUGUGACAUUGACUUGACCUCUCCACAACAUGCCCGGCAACAUCUCAGUGGAUCCAAACAUCAGAAGAAACAAAAACAGAUGGAGGCUGGAGAGGACAACACCAAUGUGUUGAAGUGUCAGAUUUGCAAUGUACCAUUUACCAGUCUUGGCAAUGCUCAGGAACAUCUUGCAAGUGCAAAGCACUUGAAGAAGAAGAGAGAGAUGGAGGGACAGGACAAUGUUUUCAACAGUAGCUCUCCCCUGUAUGGUGUUUCAAACAUCUCACAGCCAAGUAACGCCCCUACAAGGUUGGGAAUACCCCCCUCAGAGACAGGUACUGGACUGUUUGCUGAUGUCCCAGUUUACAGCAACAGUAGUUCUAUGCCUGAAACUAGACCAAGUCAAACAAUGGCACCAUUACUGACAACUAGUUCUACUCUAGUUGGAAACAUGUUAGUAUCUGAUACUGUGAAAACUAGUUCUGGUGAUGGUAAUGAAUACAAUGUUCCUUAUACUUUCAGUGGAAAGGAGGGUUACUGCAAUGUCUGUCAUGUGGAUUUUACAUCUCCUCAAAAUGCCCAGCAACAUCUUGAUGGAUCCCGACAUAAGAAAGCAGAGAAGCAAUGGAAAUUUGGACAAUCUGCCAGUGAGGUGCUCAAAUGUGACUUGUGUAAUGUUGUAUUCUCCGGCCCUGAGAGUGCCCAACAACACUUUGACAGUGAUAGACACAAGAAGAGGUCACAGCUGCCCACAACAAAUUUCACACUUCAGGAGCAGGAGAAACCGCAGCUUUCCCAGAAAAUGACCUUGGUAAAUAACCCACUUGCAGCUCCAGGUGCUACCGUUCAGACCUGCCUGCCAAUGAACAUCCAGCUGGAGUCUAAUUCUUUGACAGAACCCAAAGUGAGUCAGUUUCCAAAAGCUCCAAGUUUAGCUCAAAUUAUGCUUCCCACCGAAAACAAACUGACAUAUUCAGCUGGGCCAACAGGCUAUUUGCCACAGACUGUAAGUAAUCAGAAUGAAGGUAGUCUGUGUUUAUCUGUUCAUGGAGGAACUUUGACAGAUGUUCCAAUUCUGGGUAGCUAUUCAUGUCUACAAAAUCUAAACAUGGUCAAUCAACAUGUCCCCGACAUUACUGAUCGUAAUAAUUCUAACAAUUCAUCAGAGAAUACACAAAUGCAAAGAACUCCUUUGUCUCAAGAAAACGUAACAGAAGAACAGGAAUAUAUUUUUUAUGAGAGCACUGGACGAUGUAACAUCUGCAAAAUUGAACUGACGUCUCGUGAACAUGCGAACCAACACCUCAGUGGUAAGAAGCAUGCAAAAGCUAAAGGCUUGCAUUCAGCAGGUACUGGUGAUGUUUUGGUCAACAAUGGUCCUGAUGUCAGUGAGAGAACAGCUGGUGUCAAACCAUCUACCAGUCCUCAUCCACCAUAUCGGUUUGAUGGCAACAGAGGAUGGUGUAACGUCUGCAGCAUCGAACUAACGUCUUCUCAACAUGCACAACAGCAUCUCAACGGUAAGAAUCACACAAAUGCUUUAGCACGAUGGCAAGCAACAAACAGACAUGAGGAAUCAAAGGAGUCUGCAGAACGAAGGCUUUACGAGUUCAAUGGAAUGAGAGGCUUCUGCAAUGUGUGUAACAUUGAACUUACCUCUAAGGCACAUGCUAGUCAACACUUAGCCGGGAAACCACAUGAAAAGGCUGUACAGAGAUUGAAUUUGGUUGAUGCAGUUGAUGCACAUAGAGACCCUUCUUCUGGAGUGUCCCAGCCUGGUGAUGCGAUGGAGGAGCCAGCGUAUGUGUUUACUGGUGGAAGAGGGCGAUGCUUUGUUUGUAACAUAGAGCUCACAUCUCCACAGCACGCCACCCAGCACCUUCAGGGUCGGAGUCACGCCAGGGCUGAGGAAAAGAGGAAGAUGAUCAACCAGAAUGGAAUACUGUCACUCCAGUGUAAGGUGUGUCUCAAGUCAUUCAGUGGACAAGAAAGUGCUGCGCAGCAUUAUGCCUCUGCCAAACAUAUAAGCAAGGCAGGGCUGACCAAGGGUUCCUUGGAUCAGGUCGGGAUAGAAGCUGGGGGCCUGUACUCACCAGGCAGACAGAACUCGGUAGGCCAUUCCCCACAAAACAUCUAUGUGUGUGAGGUAUGCCAGUGCCAAGUGAACUCAUUUGAACAGUUGUCAAUCCAUAAGAAAAGUCCCAAGCAUCUACAGACUGUGGAAAAGAAGCAGCGAUAUGUCGCUGUGGCUCUAUCGGCUUAUGGUGAUGAAAAUAGCAGAGAGUCUAGUGUUGAAGAUAGUCAGGAAAAGACAGAAUCCAAGCAGGGGAGCUACAAGGAUGUCUGGGAAGCUCUUCGUACAGGAGAAGUCACUGCAGUCCAAGGCGUAACUCCAAAUACUGAAGUGAAGGAAAUAAUCUCUUCAGUUUCCAGGAGAGUUCCUAUCACUACAGCAUCAAAUGUCAGUUCCGAUCUAGUCGGACCCUGGGAACAUCUUAAUACUGAUGGGAGACAGUCUACAAGAGUGAGUGAAGCUGGUUUGGGUGUGAGAAAGUUAUCAAGUACAAAUAGUGCCAGCAAAACACUUAGCACGGAGCGAGAACGAAGCCCAGGAAUGUCGGCUGCAGCCGAGGAAACGUAUUCCAAGGACAACAGAAUUAACACAGAAAUAACUCCUUUAAGAAAUGUUAUCCCCAAAAGCACUACAUUAGCUAAACUAGGCAUGGGCAGGGGAUCCACCAUUGUCAACCCAACCAUUACCACAACAGAUGCGAUGCCUCUGAGGAUGAGAACAGCAGCGAUCACUCAACCGACAUGUACCGACGUUGGAGACACUGAUGACUUCCAAGAUAAUGUCAAGGGAUCAGGUGGAAGUAGGCGACCCAACACUCACAACCCGCUAAAAAACCAGACCACUGUCCGAAACAGAGGAAAUAAAGUUCCUCUUGAUGUGUUUGAAAACCUGGAUUCAGAUGAAGAAGAAUCUACUCGAAGUAAGACAUUGCCAUUGGAUGAUGACCUGCCUGGUGGUGAGGCUGACAGUUUAAUCAGUUACAACACAAAUGCUAGCAGUAUUCUCAAUGAUGGACCACAUGUUUCUAUGGGCUCCAGUACCACUGAUCACAACCAUUCCAUAGCUCCAAGACAAGAUAGAAACAUGUCUCUCCUGACAGAUGCUGAGUCAAGUAUCUGUCCAUCCUCUAAUUUUGAGCUGCUCAGUGGCCAUGUUGGUAUAGGUGCAAUACCAAAGGUGCCACCAAAGAACCCUUUUAGUGGAUAUUACAAAUUUUACUGUGACAUCUGUAAUCGGCCGAUGAACACAGAUAAAGACUACCAGGCUCACCUGGAGAGUCGAGCUCAUCGACAGCGGGCAGCGGAAGUGGAGGCUCCCCGGGUGAACCUGGGACAGAUACAGAGGGUGCUCAGUAUCGAUGAUGCGGAGGAAGCAGCCUAUCAUGUGACCAACACCAUGCCUCGCAGCUACCAGGUGGAUCUGUUCUGCAAAACCAUGGAAGGCGACAAGGUCAUCUUCUUGCCAACAGGGACUGGGAAGACGCUGGUGUCGGUGAUGACGCUGAGCUGUAUGCUGCAACGGAACCCACGGCGCCCAGUUUUGUUCCUGGUGGACAAGGUGUUGUUGGUGCUGCAGCAGUCAAAGUAUAUCACCAAUGAACUUGGGAAUCGGAAGUACAAGCGCAUGACAAGUGAUGGGGAGGAGCAGGAGCGUGAGCUGAAGAUAGCCACACUGUGUGGGAACAUACUGCCUCCAGACACCACGCCCCUCUACAAGCAUGACGUCAUCGUCAGCACGGCAGCCUAUGCUGACAAUCUACUACUGAAGCAGCAGCUGCGCUGGGAAGACUUCUCACUGGUUGUGUUUGAUGAAGCUCAUCACUGUGCCAAGAAUCACCCCUUCAAUCGCCUCCUGGAGGCGUACCACCGCCCAUGCCAGCCAGAACACAGACCCAAAGUGCUAGGUCUGACCGCCUCCCCUGCGGGGCGCGACAGUGUAGAGAGCACGGUCAGCAUGCUGCACGAGUUAUUCCAUAACCUUGGGGGAGCCAGCAUUGCCAUCGUCCAGGGAGAUUGUGUGGGAGAACUGAAGCGCUAUCAGUCAAGUGCUAAGCUGAAGAUCAACUAUGAGCCGUUUUCGGAUGAAGAAAGAGCUUUCCGGAAGACACUGUUGGUGUACAUUUACCAGUGUUACUUGAAGCUGUCGGAGUUGUGCACUAUUGACACUGACUGUCAGUGGGGAGUGGAGAGGAUGCAGGGAGAAGACUUGGAAGACUUGGUAGAGCGAUUGGACAAUGCUGCUACUGAAAGGUUUGUCCGAGCUCUUGGGAACUGCCAGGCCAAAUCCCAGCAACCACAAGUCAAAAUGAAUAUGGACUUCCUUGUCAAUCAUUGCAAGAUACUUUUAAUUGCGCUGUCUGAUUUGGAUGUUGUUGGGAUACCCACAGCUGUAGCUGACCUGAAGACGUUCGACCAGACUCCAGCACAGAGUGGCUUCCAGCACGCUCAGGGGAUGGGGAUACAGUGUGAAGAGCUGCAAGAUGCCAUGAGAAGAGCUGCUCACUCAGCUCAUGUCCAGCAGGAGUUUGAUGACAACCCUCUUCAUAUCACUCUGUACACACAGUUACUCACUACUCUCACCAAUGAUAAAUACAUCAACUGGAAAGCUGGCAGAAAUGCAAUGGCCUUGAUUCUCGUCCGGGAGCGAGCACAUGCACACAGACUGAGCAAUUUCCUGAAGCAGACACAAUUUGCAUCAGCCAACAGUCUGAAGAUCACAUCGGUGGUUGGCCAUGGAUCUGGUCAGGCUGAUGGUGGCAUGAAGGUGAAGCAGCAGAAGAAGGUGCUUGAUGGAGUGAAGAGCAAGAAGUAUAACAUCAUCGUAGCCACAUCUGUAGCAGAGGAAGGCGUGGAUAUCCCCGAGUGUGAGCUGGUGGUCUGCAUGAACCCGCCCAACACAGUCACCACGCUUGUACAGAUGCGGGGACGGGCCAGGAAGAAGGACAGCCACUUUGUCAUCCUGUGUAAGAGCAGUGAUGAGAAAGACAAGAUCCAGAAUAUUCUUCGGCGGGAACAGUUCAUGAUGAAAGCUGCUGAGCAUUGUGUGCAGGAGUGAUGUCCAUGUACAACAGUCUAGCCUGGAGGCAGGGAUUGUCCAUGUACGACAGUCUAGCCCGGAGGCAGGGAUUGUCCAUGUACGACAGUCUAGCCCGGAGGCAGGGAUUGUCCAUGUACGACAGUCUAGCCCGGAGGCAGGGAUUGUCCAUGUACGACAGUCUAGCCCGGAGGCAGGGAUUGUCCAUGUACGACAGUCUAGCCCGGAGGCAGGGAUUGUCCAUGUACGACAGUCUAGCCUGGAGGCAGGGAUUGUCCAUGUACGACAGUCUAGCCUGGAGGCAGGGAUUGUCCAUGUACGACAGUCUAGCCUGGAGGCAGGGAUUGUCCAUGACAAGAACAUUUUGUUAUUUUGUUGUGUUAUAUAUAUAUGCCUCAAUUAGAGAAUAUAAAACUUUCCUACUUAUUUGAGAAUGAAUUUUUGAGCAGAUUUUGCUAUUUAACAUGUGGAACAGGGGUAGACACCAUUGUUCAUAUCCAACUGGUCCACACAUCAUUUUGCACAAAUGAGUAACGUGGAGUAACUAGAUUUUAGGAUAAAACCACUGGUCCCUCUAGAGUUUCAUUUGUCUUGGACUAAUGGCCUAGUGUCCGUGUCUCUCCCUGUGGGAUAGAAUUGCUGGUCCUUCAAAGACAGACAUUAUGCUGGGCUCAGUUUGGGGCCAGUAUUUCAGGCACAAACUAGAGGGAUUUUUUCCAGUUGUCAUUCUUAUGCCAGAAUGCUGUUUCUCAUGUCAGCAUUGCUUGUAACCAUAUUUGUUUUAUCAAGUUCACUUGGAACGCAUACUUUGCUUGUUUUGUUAUUGUUCACAGAGUGAAAACCCUGGCAUGGCAUUGUCAUGGACACAGUUUCAUGUUAAGACUAAUUAUUUGUUUCAUAUUAAAUGGUGUAAAAAAAUAUUUUUGUCUGAUUUUAUUUCCUCCUAACUUGACAACACUUGUUCAUACCACACACUUUCUGUGAAACGUGACUAGUAUUAGUUUAGCCUGAAUUUGACCUCCACCCCCCGGUUGUUGUAUCUCGUGUCAACUGUCAUGUCGAAUGUUAUUGACUUUAGGGAAUAUGUUCCAAUGUUAGGGACUUGUGGCUCAUGGCAUGUCAAGGUCUCUAGAUUAAGACAUGAAUGGGUUCCUGUGUUGAAAAUGUUUUGGUGAAGAUAAGUCUAUCAGGGCUCCAGAUAACUUUUUGAGCAGUGUUGAGUUUUUACUUGAAGGUUUCUAUUUUAAUUGGGUUACAUGUAUUACAUUUCUCAUUAUUUCUUCACUCAUCUAUUCAUCACUCUAUUGGGUUUUAAAAUAAAUAAAAUAAUGUUUUAGAUAUAUAUAAGGGUUCUAACUAAAGGCUUGACUUGGAAAGUAACUUAGCUCAUAAUUGUGCUUCAGAAAUUAGCUCCAUUGUACACAUGCUGAAAAAGCUUCAUUGAGUAUUUACGCAUGCUGUUUUUAUACAUCAUGUUUUUCAUUUAAUGCAUCGGUUUCUGUACACAAGUUAAUGAAAGUAAUUGGGUUUUUAAUAUUUUAUUUGGGGGGGGGGGGGGUAUUUUAUGCAAAUAUGCUGCUUAUCUGAAGCUCUGGUCGAUGGUCAUGGUGAGCUUUAAAGGUUUGUAAAACCUGUUUAUGUCAUUGUCAGGUUUUGAGACAUGGUUACUUCUACAGGCAUGAGACUUUAUGUUUGCUUUUCUACAGCCUCAAAUGUUAAUGGCAUAUCUAUCAAAAUCUUUUUACGGUUGAUGUGAUUUGUUGUUUAAUGCCACACUCAGCAAUAUUCCAGCUAUAUGCCUGCGGUCGUGAAAUAAUCUAAUCUGGACCAGACAAUCCAGUGAUUUACCUAAUGAGCAUCGAUUUACACAAUUGGGACCACCCGAUCCUGUUAGACGCCUCUUACGAAAAGCAUUGGUUGCUGAAGACCAAUUCUAACCCAGAUCUUCACGGGACACAGUUGAUGUGGACAGUGCCUUUAAUAUUCAUUGCCAGCUACUCCUGCAAUUUUACAACACAAUCUUUAGACUUUUGAUAGUUUGUGCAUCUUAAAAAGUGGUCCAGAAGAAGUGGUGAAGAUUUGCUUCAGAUGUAUGACCGUGACUACCGGUAUAUCUGUGUUUAUGCCAUGUGUGUGGUACAUUAUUGUGUUGGAAUGAUUACUGCAGUGGGCUGACGUUGUUCCACACCAGUGGGUUCAUUGCUUGAUUACUUAUGUUUGUUUGUCUGCCUGUCAGGUUAUGUCACAGGAUGGAGAAUAUUUAUUUUUUUGCUUUUGAUCUGGAAAAGAUACAUCCAACCUAUGAUCAAUAAAAUAACAUUUUGUUUGAAA